AAUUCUCAUCACAAUAAUAAUAAUAAUAAUAAGCAACAGCCCGUAUAUCUUCUUUGCUUUCUUGCGCAAUCUUUCUCUCGCGGUGAGUUCCGAAACGCCUCAGUUUCGUUCUUCCACUUCAGAGGGAGAGGUUGCCAUUUUUGCUUCGAUAAUAAUAAUGGGUGCCUGCGCUAGCGUACCAAAGGAUAUGAGGGCUGAGGCCGCCGCCCCGGCACCCGAACCGCUCAAGGAGGAGACACCCGCCGUCGAGGCCAAGGCCAAGACGGAGAAGAAGGCCGAGGACGAAUCUGACAAGCCUGAGGUGAAGGCAGUUGAGGCCGAAGCACCAAAAGAGGCGGUGGAGAAAGUAGAGAGUGAGAUACCAAAGACGGAAGCUCCAGCGGCGGAAAAAGUAGAGACUGAGACACCCAAGACGGAAACUCCGGCCGCGGAAAAAGUAGAGACUGAGACACCAAAGACGGAAGCUCCAUCGGCAGAAAAAGUAGAGAAUGAGACAUCGAAGACGGAAGCUCCGGUGGCGGCCACCAAGGAGGAGAAGAAAACAGAAGUGGCGGAACAGAAAUAAUGCGAUGCUUAUAAAUUUAUUUUGUGGCUGCUAAUUCAUAGUAGUAGACACUUGUUAAUUUCUUUCUAAGUUUUGUUUUCAUUUUCUUUGGAUGAUUA